AUCUCCCCCUCUAAGGCUCUGACCUCUCUCUAUCUCAGCUUGGAUCGUUCUUUGAUUUGUUUCAAUUCAAUUCUUUUCUCUUCUCUUUCUCCACAAAGCAAAGCACUGAGGAGACACACGUCCGUUUAAGAAAAAUCUUUGCUUUGCUUUUUCUUCAUCAAAAUGAUGAAGAAUCGAAGCAGUGAGAAGGUAUCAGUGAAAUGGAUCCUUAUUCUUUGCAUAUCCAGCUUUGCUCUUGGAAUGUUUUUCACAAACAGGAUGUGGUCUCCUCCUGAUUCGAAUGUUCAGAUCAUAACUCGUCGACGGCAGGAACAGGAGUUGAAAGCUGUUUCUGAGGAUUGUAACACAAAGCGGAAACCUGGACAAGAGAAGGAUAUAAUGGUUGAGGUUUCUAGGACCCACGAAGCAAUUCAAUCUUUAGAUAAGACUAUUUCAUCACUUCAAAUGGAACUAGCUGCAACAAGGAGUACUCAGGAGGUGGGGAACGGUGAUUCUCAUGCAAUUCACGAUGGCGCACCGAGGAAUGCAUUUGUGGUCAUUGGAAUUAACACAGCAUUUAGUAGCAGGAAGAGGCGUGAUUCGGUCAGAGAGACUUGGAUGCCUCAAGGGGAGAAGUUACUCCAACUGGAGCGAGAGAAGGGAAUUGUAAUACGCUUCAUGAUUGGGCACAGUGCAACAUCCAACAGCAUUUUAGAUCGAGCUAUUGAUAUGGAAGAUGCACAGCAUAAUGACUUUCUGAGGCUGGAACACGUGGAAGGGUAUCAUGAACUUUCUGCAAAAACAAAAAUCUUCUUUUCCACUGCUAUUUCAAUAUGGGAUGCUGAAUUCUAUGUCAAGGUGGAUGAUGAUGUUCAUGUCAAUUUGGGUACACUAGCUGCGACUCUUGCCCGUCACCGUUCUAAACCCAGAGUCUACAUGGGCUGUAUGAAAUCAGGACCUGUUCUUUCUCAAAAGAAUGUCAAGUACCAUGAGCCAGAGUACUGGAAAUUUGGGGAGGAGGGAAACAAAUAUUUCCGGCAUGCAACUGGACAGAUAUAUGCGAUCUCGAAGGAUCUGGCCAGAUAUAUCUCAAUCAAUCAGGUCAUACUGCACAAGUAUGCUAAUGAAGAUGUGUCUCUUGGUGCCUGGUUUAUCGGUCUCGAAGUUGAGCACAUCGAUGAACGCAAUCUGUGUUGUGGGACUCCACCAGAUUGUGAGUGGAAGGCACAGGCAGGGAAUGUAUGCAUUGCAUCAUUUGAUUGGAGCUGCAGUGGAAUUUGCAAAUCAGUGGAGAAGAUCAAAGAUGUUCAUGCAAGAUGUGGUGAAGGAGAUGGAGCUGUUUGGAGUGCUCUAUUCUAAGUUAUUAGGAUAAGAAGGUGCUAUGCAAUUUCUGUGGCUUCAUGUUUUCAGUACCGCUUGGUGGCUGAGGUAAGCAAUUUUUCUUUGGAAAUGCAUCAACUGGCAGUUUUGACAAAUCAGCUAAAAGGAACAGGUGUGCAUAUAGAUGGUUCAUUUUCUCACUACUACAUCUGUACAUGUCGUGGUAAGCCUCUGGGUAAUUUUCAUUUGGGUUUUCAAAGGCAUGGGCUACACCAAAUCCUCAUUCGUGUUGCUAUUGUUCGGGGCAUGGUAUGAAAUACCAUUGCUUCCCAUGUGUUUUAUGUUUUGGGUUAGGAUCAUGUUAGCGAUUUAUACAGAGAAAUCAAUUCUUUCAUGUGGGAGUUCUGAUUGUAUUGUAGGUUUUGGAUGUACAAGUGAUUUUCUGUCAUUGAUUUUCAUGUAAAGGCUCUGAGCCCCCAUUAAUUUUUUCAUAAGCUAUUUUCCUCUUAGGUGAUGAUGAAAUUUGUGCACAGUUUAUAAUCAGUAAUCAAAAGAAGUGGAUUCAUACUUCUGA